AACAAACGAUGCUUUGGCCCUUUUUAAGUUUCCUUCUUCAGGUCUCCGUCUGUAUAAAUUCCAGUCAAAAUGACAAGAAAACGGAAGAGAACUCAGCCUCCGGGACUCGAAACUGAGAUGGAUGAUCCCAGAGGAAAAGUUUCUCUCCACUCGCUACUUCCCGAGCAGCCCUACAACGGAGAAGAUGAUUCCUUCGACUCCGUUAUCGAGGAGCAGCGCCGCGAAAUCGCCGACGCCAAAACCUUGCACUCUGACAUUGACUUAGCUUUUAAGCUUCAAAUGGAAGAAGCCAUUACCGCCUCUCUUUCCUUCCACUCCUCCUCCUCCUCUAGUUCCCAUUCACCGCCGAAAACCGCUGAUAUCGUUUCCGUCACGAACAACGUCGACGAAGACAACGUGCUUUAUGAUUACAUGGGUCUACUAUUGGAAGACAUUGAGAAGUUGGAUCAAGAACGUAGGGAUCGCGAAUCAUGCGAGAGUUUGAUGCGAGAAAUGAGAAAGGAUUUGGACCGUCGGAUUCAUGAUCAGAAUCUGGCUAACGAAAUAUUGAACAUUCCCGAUAACGAGUGGGAGAAAGACGGAGAUAAUUAUCAGAAGCCGUACGAAGCCGAUGGCGGUUCGUCCUCUUCUUUUUCCCUGAUUAGCGAGUUAGCACUUGUGAAUAGUGAGAGUUUUAAUGUGUAUUGUAAAGGACUGGAGAGUAAAGAGAUGAUUAGGGGAAUGAAUGUUGUGGUGGGUGGUGUUGGUGUGGCGAUUUGUGAUUCGAGGGACAAUGUGAUCUUUGAAGUCAGCAAGGGUUUGGAGGUGGAUAUUUCCAGUAAAGGGAAAGAAGUGACUAGUGAAGAGGCGGUUCAGAUUGAGGCUUUGGUUGAAGGGUUGAAUGCGGCUUUGAGUUUGGAUUUGAAACAUAUCACUCUCUUUUGCGAUGACUUUAUGGUUUAUCAAUAUGUCACAGGAAGAGUUCAACCAAUUCAAACUAGGAUUUCAACUUUAGUCAAUCAGUUGUCUCUUCUUCAAAAGAAAUUUACAGUUUGUAAGUCUUCCCUUGUUGCACGUAAUGAUGUGAAGUUUGCCUUUAAACUGGCAAGAGAUGCUAUAGUUUCUCAGAUAACCUGGCCUGCAGAAUCUGGCAAAGGCAAAAAAAGUUUGAAAGAGACUUGUGUAAUUUGCUUUGAGGAUACAGAUGUGGGUCAAAUGUUUUCUGUUAAUGGUUGUCUGCAUAGAUAUUGCUUUUCUUGUAUGAAACAGCACGUAGAAGUGAAGCUACUUAAUGGAAUGGAGGCUAGGUGUCCUCAUGAAGGCUGUAAAUCUGAAGUGAGUAUUGACGCUUGUGGAAAAUUCCUUGAUCCAAAAUUAGUUGAGAUCAUGAGCCAAAGGAAAAAGGAAGCUUCUAUUCCAGUAACAGAUAAGGUUUAUUGUCCAAAUCAGAGAUGCUCCGCGUUAAUGUCAAAAAUUGAGGUUCUGGAAUACACCAAUGCUUUCUUUGUUGGAGCUGAAAAAUCUGGAGCUAGGAAAUGUAUGAAUUGCCAUUAUUUUUUCUGCAUCAACUGCAAGGUCCCAUGGCACUAUAAUUUGACCUGCAAUGAUUAUAAAAGGUACAACCCUCCACGUGAAGAAGAUGCAAUGCUCAAUUCUCUCGCCAAAAGGAAACUUUGGCGCCAAUGUGUUAAGUGUAGCCAUUUGGUUGAACUUGCUGAAGGUUGCUACCACAUCACUUGCAGAUGCGGAUACGAGUUCUGUUAUACUUGUGGGGCUCCAUGGAAGAACAAGAAAGCAACUUGUAAAUGCCAAAUCUGGGAUGAGCGGAACAUUAUACGCGAUGGACGAAGGCAGUGAUCUAUGUUAACCAUGUUUACAACUAAGAUUUUUGUGCAACUCUCUCUGGUCUUCUCCUCACUCAGAUUUAUACCUAGGAAAAUAGGAUUAGAAGAUCUUUUUGGUUUUUUGCACAUAUUUCCAGAGAUACAACUGAAUCAAACAAUGUAGAUAUACUUGGCAAGGAUUCCAUAUUGACAUAGCUUUUUUUGUCCAA